CACAAAGAAAAAUGAAUUUUGCAGCUUUGGGCCUCUCCUCCUGACUCCAGAUAGACACUGACUGGUUUUUGUAAAUAAUUUAAAAAAAUGGCAUGUGCUUUUGCUUGUGGAAGCUCAGGUUUAUGCUUAGUGAGAAGCACCAACACACCUAAACAGUCGUCGCUGCGUUAUCCUUUGGCGGCUAAGAUAAGAGCAGAAAGCAUGGCUACUGAGAAACUCGGAAUCAAAGUGGAAAACAACCCUCCAGAAUCCAAGCUUUCUCAGCUUGGCGUACGCCAGUGGGCCAAGUGGGGUUGCCCUCCUAGUAAAUUCCCAUGGACAUACAGUUCAAAGGAGACCUGUUAUCUGCUGGAGGGAAAAGUCAAGGUAUACCCUGAUGGUAGCAAGGAGUUUGUGGAGAUUGGUGCUGGUGACUUGGUUGAGUUUCCUAAAGGAAUGAAUUGCACUUGGGAAGUUUCUGUGGCUGUUGACAAACACUAUAAAUUUGAUUGAGUGUUUCAAUCUAAGUUUUCUGAUUUCUUUUUUAGUUCUUGGGGGCCAAGCGAUGAUUUCAUGUCAAAAGGAAUGUGAAGCUAUGUCAAUAAGCUACAAAUAAUGUUCUACCUAUGGCCUUUCUUUUCUCUAUGAGAAAGGGAUUUCAUAUCAGCUUGCCCAUUUAGGAGCAUGACAGAUGCAUAUUGAAUCACUAUGACACUGAAUUAUCAGUUUUUUAUUUUUUUAUUGUCUAAUUAGUUAGCUUUCAAAGGAAAAUAGCUGGACAUGAUUGUUUAUAUCUUGGAAAAUCUAAAACCAUUUAAUGGUUGUUAUCCUUAAUUG